AUGCCUCUUGCCAAGAUCGACCUACAUUCACAUUUCGUCCCAGACUUCUACAGGGAUGCACUUCUCGAAGCUGGUAUUGAUAAACCUGAUGGAACCCAUCUCAUUCCGGGCAACGACGAAAACGCCCGACACCUGACUCGUCGCGUCAACGAAUACGCUGCAGAUCUCAAAAGACGCAGGCCCGAUAAGUUUGGCUUUUUCGCUUCUCUACCACUCCCAGACGUGAAAGGCAGCUUGGAAGAGAUCGCCCACGCCAUCGACACCCUCAACGCCGAUGGCUUUACACUAAUGAGCAAUCACCACGGCCACUAUCCUGGCGAUAGCAUCUUCGACCCCGUCUUCGACGAGCUCAACCGUCGCAAAGCCAUCGUCUUCAUCCACCCAACCACACCCUGUACCGCCGUCCCUGGAGAAGGCUGUGUCCAAGCCGCGCCCCUAGCACACACCUACCCACGCUCAACCUUUGAGUUCUUCUUCGACACAGCACGAGUAUACACCAACCUCUUCCUAAAGGGCACUGUAUCCCGCUGUCCAGAAAUUACAUUCGUCGUCACCCAUGGCGGAGGCUGUCUCCCACCCUUAAUCACCCGCGUAUCCAGCGUCCCAGCUAUUCUCAAACUCCCCGGCCUAGACUCAGCAGUAAAUCCCACUUUCGUCAAGGAACGGCUCAACAGCGAGCAAUUCUUCUUCGAUACUGCUGGCUGGGUCUUUCCGGAUCAGAUUAAGGGGCUUUUGGCGUACUUGGAGGAGAAGACGAAAGGUAAGAGGAUGGUCUAUGGUAGUGAUAUUCCGUGGACGCCGUUCGGUGCCGUGAAGACGUUAAGUGAAGAUCACGAUAAAUAUGUUGGUGAGUUCUUCCCAGGUGAGGAGGAGUCGGUAGGGACAGGAAAUGCGGAGAGGUUGUUGAAGUGGAAGGGGCGCCCAGGGCAAGCAUAA